CGGGGAUGUUUACUGUGCUCGGCGCGGACGUCAGAGCGCACACAAUCCCAGCAUGCACCGCGAGGCCGUUGAGAGAUCCAGCAGCUGGUAGUGAGUCGCCAAAGCGCCGAGCAGGCAGCAACCCUGCGGUCCACACACAGACAGCACAUACAUUAUUUCAGCCUCCAUGUGAGGGGGAAACUCACUUGUCUACCUUUCCAGGCGGCAGGAAAAAUAUGCUGUGCGGACGCCUGACGAGUCACUGCGGCGGCUUUUGAGUCACUAUUGUGUUUCGGUUUCCAUUUUGGAGGAUUCCUCCCUCCAUCCUCCGAUUCGCACCGAACAGGCAAUGACAACGGUCUCAGCAACCCCGCAGCAGAUGAGGGACCGGCUGCUGCAGGCCAUCGACAGUCAGAGCAAUAUAUGCAAUAUGGUGGUUGUACUUGAGGUGAUUACCUGUCUUGAGAAGUAUCCUAUCACCAAAGAAGCACUUGAGGAAACCCGACUUGGAAAACUGAUCAACGAUGUACGGAAGAAGACCAAGGAUGAAGACCUGGCCAAGCGUGCCAAGAAGCUCUUGCGAAACUGGCAGAAGCUGAUCGAACCCGGGCCCGCCGUGGCUGCAAGCACCCCGGGCUCCACCAAUGGCAGUUCUCAUCCCUGCAGGACGGACGCCUCGCCGCCCGACAUCUCUUUGUCAGGGAAGGGGGUCCCCGAGGUUAAAGGCAGAAAUGAUGUUCACAACACUUACUCGCCCAAGGCUGAAAAAUCAAGCAGCCGCAAGCGCAGAGCGGAGCACAGAGACAGUGGAGUGCACUUACCAGAGAAAAUCUCAAAGAUGUCUUCGUAUGACAAUUCUGUUUCACCGCCCCCCACGAACGGGAUCGCAGGCAGCCCCGACGCCUUGCUUGAGCAGGACGUCGUCCCCUCCCCUGACCGAUCUCGACUAGAACACCUUGACAAUGAUAAAAUCAACAGAAUUCCAGUAAAUGCUGUCAAGCCUCGGCCCAGCUCCCCCGGAGUGGCCAAACUACCUAGCACUUCGUCUUUAAUCAAGGUUGCUGUGAUGCAGCAGCAGGCCAGAAUGGAUGAUGGUGGCGGAGGGGGGCAUUACCAGGCCAGAAGCCCCCGUGGUCUUUCCACCAGUCCAAGGAGCACAAAGCAAGAUGCCACGACCAAGCGCUCUGCGGUAUAUGCACAAAAGUUAACGUCUGUUCCCAGCCCUUCGCCAAGGGAUUCUCCUUUGCCUUUGUCCCAGCCCUUGUCCUCCCCAGCUCACUCUUCUCAUAGGUCUGCAAUGCACUGGGCCACCUCACCGGAGGUCUCUUCUCAUUGCUCAUCACAGGACUUAAGCAUGUCACUGGAAUCCCCUGCAGUUUCCCUGUCGCCCUCUCACCCCCAACACAACUCAGAACUGUAUCGGCAGGCGUCCGAAGGAGCCAUGACUCUUUCUGACGACACGGACGGCUUGCUGACGUCCACCUUGGAGUAUAAAAGGAGAAAGUACCGCUCCAGAGACUAUUCUGUCAACUUAGACGGCCAGAAAGUAGAGGACACGACUAAACCAGUACGAUUAAAAGAACGCAGACUAACAUUUGACCCUGUCACAGGUCAGAUCAAACCCCUAGUCCACAAGGAACCUUCUCAAUCCGAGGAACCCCCUAACCCUGAGCCCCCCAUGGAGUCCAGGCAGAGAACUGAAAGCACUGUACCGCAGGCCCCAGCGCCAGCUCCCGGCCCAGGCCCAGGCCCCAACCCUUUCCACCAAACAAACUGGAAGGAGCUGUCCAGAAAUGAAAUCAUCCAGUCCUACUUGAACCUUCAGAGCAACGUGCUCACCUCGUCCGGGGUCCAGGCCCCGAGCGCACACUUUUUCAUGUCCGAGUAUCUGAAAAGGGAAGAACAGGGCGUGAAAGAGUCGAGGAAAAUGCAUGUUUUGCAGGCAGAUAGCCCAACGGGGGAUUUACCGGGCGUGAGUCGGGAUGUAAAUGACGAGGACCUGGACAGGAUACAAAGCCAGCACUGGCCAGGGGUCAAUGGGUGUCUGGAUACCAAUGGCACCUGGUAUGACUGGACAGAGUGCAUAUCAUUGGACCCUCAUGGGGAUGAAAGCAAACUGAACAUCCUGCCGUACGUUUGCCUAGACUAAGGGGUUCUUUUUUCCAACUCCUGUUUUUGUCUCCCCACAGAGACAAGAUCAUUUGUGAUUUUGUUUGUCCACUGUGAGUUUGGCAAAAGCCAAGCCUGCUAAACUCUCCCCAGCCCACACCGCCCGCCCCUCCCGUGCCUCUUCUUUCUGUGAUUGAGAGAUUUUGGUAUAAAAAAAAAAGAUGACAAAUUAAAAAGAAUAUUUGAGUUUGUGAUACCAAGGGCUGCUUUUGUUUUCAUUUUUUCAAGCUGGGAGCUACAGGAAGUAUCCGGCCCAAUUUGCAGAUUGCUGCUAGUAGCUCACAAGACAAAAAAGAAGGGCAGAAUUAUCCCUGCUAGCAGGAAAACAUGCUCACGGGGAAAAUAAUGCCCCCGCCGCUUUGUUUUUCUGUUUGAUUUCUACAAUUGAGGGUGGGUUGGCGUUUUGCUGUCCUGUUUCGGGCCGUCAAUGUUUGUAGAUUAACAUGUCUCCUGUGUGAGGGGCAUAACUGGCGGUUACAAGAAGCUUUAUGUGAAUUCUGAAAGUAAAUUAUAAAUUUCUUGUCAUGUACACAGCUAUUUAUUUCAACCAGUACAUCUUCUAUCCUCCCAUUACCUGACGUUGGCAAAAAACUGCUUUGCUUCCUUUUCCUGUGUUCAAAUCUCAUCUUUCUACUUUUAUUUUUAUUUCCAUCGGUUUUCCCGAUAGGCCAGUUCAAGCGGUCACAACAUUCCACACAGACCUUCUGCCUUACUGCGCAUUCAACUCCUUUAUGCAUCCAACAAAGACAAACUGGUUUAAGUUCAAAUUCAGAUUGCAAGACCAGUGCCAGUGGUGAAAUGUGUCCAAAACUUAAAUCUGACACAAGAAGUAGUAUCCAAUGAAUCUCCCUUAAUUUAGAUGAGUUUUUAUGGCUCUCAAUCAGGAUCAGUUAUUCCCCUACACCGGAUCAGUUCAUGCAUAAACUGUUCAUAGUUUUAGUCCCAUUUUGAGAUUGUGUAUCUGCGGCUCUAUUGAGUAUACAGUUUAGUAUCAUUUUUGUUUGUCCAUUGUCAAGCCAAACAAUAAAAGGGAGAGAGCUUGGUGUCACAUCUUCCUUUCCAUCUUUGUGUGACCACAAAAACCUGAUUUUUUUUUUUUUUGCCUCCCGUUUACACCAGUCUUUCACCAUUAUCUCAUCAUUCUUCCCUACCAAUGUGCCUUGGUAAAUUGUAAAUCUGGAUUUGCUUCCGCAUGCAAGGCUCCCGUCCUUGCGGCUGGGUUUAUAGAGAACUCCAAAUCCCAUGAUCAGUGUGAUACUGGUAUAAUGCACUGUGCCUGUUACUUGGUUUGGUUUUUCUACACAAUAAGGGAGGAAGUGCAGACAACAGGUAAAAAAAAAGUGCACAAGUCAGCUGGCAAUAAAAAAAGUGCUACAACUGAUAGAUAAGAAUAUGCUUUCUGGAGUUUUGACUUGGGCGUCUUUGUUCAGUGUUUAACAUCUCUCAAUUAU